ACUAAACUCCAUUUCUUUAUUCAAUUCAAUUCAACACAUACAUACAUACACACACAGAUCAUAUAUUCAUCUUCAUCAAUCUUAAUCUUUUCUUUCAAGCAUUUCAUCAAACAUGUCAUCUGCAUCAUCAUCAUCACCACCACCACCAAACAACAAAGUCAACGACAUCAUCGACUACGAACAACAACCCACAACCCGCCGUCUCCGCCACCUCAGCCUCCACCUCAACCCACCGUCCGACAACCACCACAACCACCUUGACCACAACCCAUGUUCCGGCGGCCGUACAAAGAUGACAGUAAGCACAGAAAAACUAUCAAGUUACAUAAGAGGAAAACAUAGAGAUAUACAAGAAAAAGUGUUUGAGUAUUUUAAUAACACAAGACCUGAAUUACAAACACCAAUAGAGAUAAUGAAAGAUGAGUAUAGGGAAUUGUGUUUGAAACAGUUGGUGGGUGUGGUUAGAGAAUGUGGGAUUAGACCAUUGAAAUAUGUUGUUGAAGAUCCUGCUAAGUAUUUUGCUUUUGUUGAAGCUGUUGGUAGUGUUGAUAUGUCUCUUGGUAUCAAAUUGGGUGUUCAGUACAGUCUAUGGGGAGGCUCGGUGCUAAAUUUGGGAACCAAGAAACAUAGGGAUAAAUACUUUGAAGGUAUCGACAAUCUAGAGUAUCUUGGAUGUUUUGCCAUGACAGAGCUUCACCAUGGCUCAAAUGUCCAAGGCAUCCAAACUGUUGCUACCUUUGAUCCCAUAACGGAUGAAUUUAUUAUCAACACACCAAAUGACGGAGCCAUAAAGUGGUGGAUUGGCAAUGCUGCAGUCCAUGGGAAAUUUGCGUCUGUUUUUGCCAAACUUAUGCUACCGACACACGACAAGAAAGUCGUUUCUGAUAUGGGUGUUCAUGCUUUUAUUGUUCCAAUCCGGGAUCUAAAAACCCACAAAACACUUCCUGGGGUUGAAAUAAAUGACUGUGGCCAUAAAGUGGGUCUAAAUGGAGUCGACAAUGGUGCAUUAAGAUUUCGUGAUGUAAGAAUUCCACGGGAUAAUCUUCUUAAUCGAUUUGGAGACGUGUCAAGAGAUGGAACUUACACAAGUACCCUUCCAACUAUAAAUAAACGCUUUGCUGCCACUUUAGGUGAACUUGUAGGUGGACGGGUUGGGCUUGCUUAUUCCUCAGCUGGUGUACUGAAAAUUGCAGCCACUAUUGCUAUCAGAUAUUCACUACUUAGACAACAAUUCGGGCCUCCAAAGCAGCCUGAAAUUAGCAUUCUUGAUUAUCAAUCCCAACAACAUAAAUUAAUGCCAAUGUUGGCAUCAACUUAUGCAUUUCAUUUUGCUACGGUCCAUUUGGUUGAAAAAUAUGCUGAAAUGAAGAAGACCCAUGAUGAGCAAUUGGUGGCGGAUGUUCAUGCACUCUCGGCUGGGCUUAAGUCUUAUGUGACUUCAUAUACGGCCAAGUCUCUGAGCAUUUGUAGGGAAGCCUGUGGAGGCCAUGGCUAUGCUGCUGUUAAUCGGUUUGGCAGCUUGAGAAAUGAUCAUGAUAUCUUUCAGACGUUUGAAGGAGAUAAUACUGUGCUAUUACAACAGGUGGCAGGUGAUCUCCUGAAGCAGUACCAGGAAAAGUUCCGGGGUGGGACGUUUACUGUUACAUGGAACUACUUGAGAGAGUCUAUGAAUACGUAUCUUUCCCAGCCAAACCCGGUGACCGCUAGGUGGGAAGGUGAAGAUCACUUACGAGAUCCUAAAUUUCAAUUGGAUGCUUUCAGGUAUCGGACAUCUCGGUUGCUUCAAAGUGCUGCUGUCCGACUACAGAAGCAUACAAAAACUCUUGGGAGCUUUGGUGCAUGGAAUAGAUGUUUAAAUCAUCUUUUGACCCUUGCAGAAUCCCACAUUGAAACUGUCAUACUUGAAAGCUUUAUUAAAGCCGUCAAGAGCUGCCCAGAUGAAAGUUCUCGAGCUGCUUUGAAGCUUGUUUGUGAUCUUUAUGCUUUGGAUCGAAUAUGGAACGAUAUAGGAACUUACCGUAAUGUGGAUUAUGUGGCUCCUAACAAAGCCAAGGCAAUUCAUAAGCUGGCGGAUUAUCUAAGUUUCCAGGUGAAAAAUAUCGCUAAAGAACUUGUUGAUGCAUUUGAUUUACCUGAUUAUGUUAUAAGGGCACCAAUAGGGAGGCAGUCACCAGGUGAAGCUUAUACAGAAUACACUCAGUACGUUGGCUUCUAAAUACAGGGUCAUAUAAGUCGGAAAAAGCAUAAAGGUAAGACUAUGCUCUAGUCUGAAAAUAAGAAAGAAAAAUGUGGUAUAAUUUGUUACUUUUUUGUUUCAUAAGUGAAAUGACUCGACUUAAUUUCCACUAUAUCUUCAAUGGCAAAUUGCUAUUACAGGUCUA